UGGGAUCCAACUUUCCUCUGACAGCAUGUGUUACAUAUCAUUAGAGACCAUUUUAUAGCGUUCAUAUAUUCAGGCGUGCAAAGAAACCCACAGCAUGUUGGAUUGCAUGAAGAUUGUCAGUGCGCGUCUUAGUUUGGAUUUCCACUGAUGAGGCUGUGCGCGUCGCCGUGUCCAAACACAAUGCCUAACCGUCAAAAGCAAGUUAUAUUCUCCAUCGCCGGGGUGCUUUGUUUUGGUUGUGUUUUAGUCGUGGCGGCUGCAAUGGGCACUCAGUUUUGGGUUCAAGCGGCUGUUUUGUGUAAAACAGGAGCUCAAAUUGUUAACGCGUCCGGGGCAGAGCUGGGUAAAUUCAUCGGAAAGGCAAACUACGGACUUUUUCACGGACAUGGGAUGAAACAAUGUGGUCUGGGAGACAGACCCUUUUAUUUUUCAUUUUUUCCUGACCUGAUGGAUGUGGUUCCAGCCAGUCUUCACGUGAGCGUGAUCUUCUUCUGCUCGGUGCUCAUCGUCUUCUCCUCGGUGUGCUGUGGAUUCUUCUUUUACAAUGCUUUCGGGAGCCCAUAUGAGACGCUGCAUGGACCCCAGGGCCUUUACCUCUGGAACAUGAUCAGCUCUUUCUGCGCCUGCUUGGUCCUCAUUUUGUUCUCCUCUGAGGUCAAGCUGCACCACCUCACUGAGAUCAUCUUCAACUUCAACGAGGGCAGCUUCGUCUACAAGACUCACAGCGAGUGCUACGACAGGUCCUUCUGGCUCAUCUUCCUCACCUUCCUCUUGCACGGCCUCAACGUCCUGCUCAUCCGCCUGGCCGGGAUCCAGUUCCCCUUUCAACAGGCCAAAGAGUCCGACGCCAGCACCGGAGCUGCAGAUCUCAUGUACUGAGCGGCUCUUUUCUUUUGUUCGUCUUCCUCCCCUGCACACGACAUCCACCCGCAUCGAGGAGCGCUUCUCAAUAGGAGUCUUCUGGACGCCAGCAUCCGCUUUGUUUACAGCGGAAAGUCAAGGCACAUUUGAGCCUCUUAAGCCAUUGAGAGCACGUGGUGGUGUUGAGCCUGGAGAUGCUCGUGUGUCUGGAGGGAAGAACAUUCAGUCUGUCAAUCACUGAAACAAUUAACGCUCACUGUUUCGAGCGGCUGAUGAAAACAGCCUGUAGUUUCCAGUCUGCAUGGGGACAUCACAGUUUCCUCUGCUCGCCGAGCUUUUAUUCGCACAAAAGGGAUGCGACAAUUGGCGAUUCUCUGCGCUGACAACAAAAAGUAUUUUGACCCUUAAGCCACACUUAAAUAUGUAUGAAUGUCCGCAUUAGAUAAGCUGACCCACCAAGCAGUUUUGUUUAAUAGAUGUCUAAGGCCAUGUCCACACAUACACAGGCAUUUUAUAAAAUGGAUUUUCCCUGCUUUCAUUUAAAUAAAAAAAAAUGUCUAUUCACA